AUGGCAUCAGCAACUAAACCACCCGUUCCUCCUUUUACUGAAGAGACUGCUCGGAUCAAGGUCAAAGCUGCUCAGGAUGUGUGGAAUACAAAAAAUCCUCAAGUGGUAAAAAAUGCAUAUACUGAAGAUUCCAUUUGGAGAAACCGCGAUACAUUUAUCCGAGGCCAGGAUGAAAUCGUAGAAUUCCUAAGCAAGAAAUGGGCAAAGGAAAAUGGGUAUAGGUUGAGAAAGGAACUAUUUGCAUUUACAGAGAAUAAAAUAGCAGUACAGUUCUGGUACGAAUUUCAUGAUGAAGAUAGCCAGUGGUGGAGAUGUUAUGGUCUUGAAGAUUGGACUUUUGCGACUGAUGGGAGGAUGAGGAAGAGACAGAUGAGUGGGAAUGAUGUUAAGAUUGCGGAUGAGGAGAGGUGGUUUAAGGAUGGGGUGGAUGUUAAUGAAGUUGAGAUUUCAGAAAAGCAUUGGUGA